CUUUUUUUCCAGCCUACCCUUUAGUGGAGAGCGUUUUACGCACAGGUGGGAGAUAACCCGCUCAGCGUACUGUAGGACAGCCCCCCUCUCUCUGCUCCUCAGCGGAUGAUGUGAGGAAGUGACAUUUUUCAGCGCUGCGGUUCGGGACAGCACUGCUCCUCUGCAAACAGGUGUGCUACCGUCCGGGUCACUUUUGCUGGGGAACCACAAGGAGGUAGCGUCCCAAAACCUGAACCAAGCCUUCCGGACGCGGGACGGCGUGGGCCACCGGAGGAGGAAUCAGCCCGUUCAAGUCUUUUCUUUAUUAGCCUGGGCUGUUUGAACGGGUUCAGAUAAGAGAGAGGGAACGAUGGCAACGAAAAAGGCGUGCGUGGAGGCGCCCAAAAGGAGCCGGAGUCCGGUCGUGUUGGAGGCGGAGAUGUUCAGUGAAUUUCAGGACUGGUGUCUCCGGACAUAUGGAGACUCCGGUAAAACGAAGACCGUCACCCGGCGAAAAUAUAACAAAAUCAUGCAGACACUGUUGCAGAACGACGAGUCGGAUGGCGUUUAUAUCGACAACAGCCACAUCAACGCCAAAUUCAAAUUUUGGGUGAAGUCUAAAGGAUUUCAGGUCGGGACAAACGUUUUGGGAGAACACAACAAGAAAGGAGCUCCAGGGAAACCCGUUCUAUAUGUCCCGGUCAAGUCAACGUGUUCAGAUGGGAAUUCGGCCCAGGACAACUCCUCCCUGAAGCGUGUAGCUGUGGUGGAAGACUUCUUUGACAUCAUCUAUGCUAUGCAUGUGGAGAUGGGAGCUGACCCUGGCAGAGCACCCAAACAUGCAGGCCAAAAGAAGACCUACAAAGCGAUAGCAGAGACCUAUGCUUUCUUGCCCAGAGAGGCGGUGACUCGGUUCCUAAUGAGCUGUGGAGAGUGUCAGAAGAGGAUGCACAUCAACCCCAGCACUGCAGAGUUCAAAGAAAAUGACAGACCGACCUCACUGGUCCCGGACCUCAUCGAUUACAACAUGCCUCUUACUGCCACCUACCUGAAACAAAUGAAACUGCAGUGCAUGACUGCCACUGAAAGGGAUGACAGUUCAGUGAGCAGCGAGGACAUGAACAGCGCUGAGCCCACGUGGGUCGCAGCUGAGCAGCCCCCAGUGCCUGAGCCCAGCCCAGCCAAUGGAGAGAGAGUCAGCAACCCAACAGCCACUGUCAAAGAAGAGGACGAUGACGACUCCUUGGAGAGCAGCGGUGCCAACAGGCUGCCGGCCCUGACCUCCCCGGAGGUGCUGGCUGUGGGUGGGAACCCCCCAGAUGGUGGGGCCCCUUACGGGGAGGUGACAGAAAAUGGGUUGAGCGCUCCCCUGGACUUCAGCACCACCUCGCCCUCAUCCUCCUCAGAGGAUCAGCAGCCGGUCAAUCUGAGCGACAGACUGCUGCCUGCGGGGAGCUCGCCGCCAAACUCUUACCCCACAGACCCCAACAGGAAGUACCCCAUCAAAACAGAGUACACCAACAAGUCCCCUCCUUACAGCUCAGGAAGCUAUGACUCUGUGAAAACUGAAAUGAGCAUGAGCGCGGAGGACUUGACGUCUGGCCGGGCACAGAUAAUUGAUGACGACGAUGACGAUCAUGAUGACCACGAUGACAGCGACAAAAUCAAUGAUGCUGAGGGUAUGGACCCUGAAAGGCUUAAAGCCUUCAAUAUGUUUGUGCGUCUGUUUGUGGACGAGAAUCUGGACCGCAUGGUGCCCAUAUCCAAACAGCCCAAGGAGAAGAUCCAGGCCAUAAUUGAGUCCUGUAGCCGCCAGUUCCCAGAGUUCCAGGAGCGCUCCCGCAAGCGCAUCCGCACCUACCUCAAAUCCUGCCGCCGCAUGAAAAAAGGCGGUUUUGAGAUACGACCAACACCUCCUCACCUCACCUCUGCCAUGGCUGAGAACAUCCUCGCUGCUGCCUGUGACAAUGAAACCCGAAAUGCUGCCAAGAGGAUGCGGCUUGACGUAUACCAAUCGACGGAUGAGCCCACUUCUGGUGACAAGACCAACUCGAGGGACCCAGCCCCUGUUGCCCCAUCAGGGUUCUCCAUCUCCAGCGCAGCUUUUGCCCAAGACCAGCUCUACACCAAUGGAGGCCUCAACUACAGUCUGCGCGGAUAUGGGACAGUCGGCAGCAACCAGCAGAACUCUGGUGCUGCACAGUCCAAUGGUCCCACAGAUCUGAGUAUGAAGUCAGUUGCCCCAAACUCCUCCUCCUCCAGCUCCAACAGUCACGGUCAGGGAGGUGGAGGCGGUGGAGCUUCGGCUCAGCUCAGCCCUCCGGAGGUCACAGCGGUGAGGCAGCUCAUCGCGGGAUACCGGGAGUCCGCCGCCUUCCUGCUGCGCUCAGCAGAUGAGCUGGAAAACCUGAUCCUGCAGCAGAACUGAGUCCGAGCUCGACGGCGGCGAGACCUUCUUCUAGCCUGUCCACCUUUGUUGCUCUCUGAUACACGUAUUUGGGCAGACUUGCAUACAAAGACACAAGUACACGAGUGAUACUGCAGUGCACAGUGGGUCCUGUAGGUAUGGUAUCUUUACUCAUUACAACAUGUUUAUGUAUUUGGACGGGCCAGGACAUAUCACAGGCUGAAAAAAAUGUUUAUUUAUGCAUUUGGUUCACUUUGACCUUAGUGCCCUGUUAUCUGUAGCCAUUCAUCCCAUUCAUUUUACCACUUCAGCCUCCAUUCGUCUCAGGAAGUGAUGAUCUAUGUGAAAAAAUGAUCUGCACUGGUACAUGGGGGGGGGGGGGGGGGGGGGGUACCAGACGUGUUAACCUUGAAUUAGCUGUGACCAUAACGCCACAUUGGCUUGUUUGUGCAGAUGUUUGGACAAAUUAAUGGUUAAAUAGUGGUGAUUUAGUGUCAUCAUCUUGUUUCUACCUUUACCCAAAAUGUAAAAUAUGCUGUACAGUGGCAUGAUUUGAUCGGCUCAUCAAAAUCGAGUCGAUAACUCUCUGAAAAAUCACUUCUGCAUUGCUGUCUGAAAGAGCGUAGAUGAAUCGCUGCUAAAUCCACUGACCUGUUAACCUCAACAGCUACUGAAGGACGUGCUGACUUAGAUAUACGCAGAAAGAAAAAUGUAGAGAAAGAAAAAACAAACAAACAAACAACAGUGUUUGUCAGUUUUCACCUGUAAAUGUCGACCAACAGGCCGUGUGGUCAGAAAGUUUCCAGAUUGUUAGGCACGUGGUUAAUAGAGACAAAGACUCAUUACACAACAUGACUUCAUUUCCAGUUAUUUUAUCAAGAAUACUUCUAUCACGGGCAAUUCCUCGGUACUUAAAAAGGAGGGAGGCUUUUAAGAAGCAUGGGUAUGCAAAUUGAGGUCACAGACACCUGUCAGGGAAAUAAAGGAGAUUAAUAUAUUGUUUAGACUCAUGGUUUUAUAACCAGCGCUACUGGAAAAGUGGAAAAAGGUGCAAUAUUGAAGAUAAUCAGUAAUGGUGUGCUUAGUGAAAUGACUGUCAGACUUGCCGGAGCGUUUUGAGGUAAAAGGGGGAGUUCUUUACCACAAUCUCCUCCUGCUGUAACUGUCAAGUAGUAAAAACAAAAAGAAAAGAAAAAAGAAAUGAUAUCCCAUGCAGCAUUGUAGCCAAUUUCAAUGUUGUUGUUUGUUGUGAAUACUGAUCUUCAUUGCAUACCUCAUAACAGAGGCACUUUCGUGUACUGGGAUCAGUUAUCCAUAGCGAUAAAAGGAAAUAGGACCUGGCAGAAAAAUGAGACUUAAUGUUGCACGUCUUUUUUUGUUUUUUGGUGAAGGAAUUGUGAGUAUUUUUUAUGUUAAAGAGGGCACGUUGAGCUCAGACGCAUCUGUUAACUGUAACAGUAAAAUGAAUGCAGCGGCAUCACCCUCACACCCAUCUGACUUUACUGCAUGCAGUGUGUGUGUGUGUGUGUGUGUGGGCUGCACAGACAAAAGAAACCCCGUCCGUCUGUAUCGUCCCCUCUGACCUCGGCUGCGUCAAACCUUCUCUCCAACAUCUCCUCUCAUUGUGUCACCGUGUCAGAAAACACACUGAAAAGAAGCAAGAGACAAUCUUUUGAAAAAGGUGUAAUCGCAUCACAGUUUACUCUCCCAGCUUUCUGCUAUGGUGUGUGUGUGUGUGUGUGUGUGUGUAUGUGUGUGUGCGUGGUCUGAGGGCACACAAGAGUACUCAAAGCAGAUCUAGAGCACAGUCUCACAGCAGACACUUUUAAUGGUGAGUCACUCAGCACAAAAAACUGUCGUUUAAGCGUAUGGAUGUGGAUUUUUUGUUGUUGGCCUAAGUGUUGAUAUUGACAGUAUGUCAGUUUCUGUGUGUGUUUGUGUGUGUUUGUGUGUGUGUGUGUGUGGAGUGACCCAGUUUUCAAUCUGUGAAGAUUUAAUUCAGUCGGCUGAAACAUUCCAAACAAGGACGAUGACUCUUCAGAAGCAGCCUGAAAGUGGCGCCUUACUGAUUUGUCAAAGUUUAGAGAGAUAUAUUUCUGUAUUUAUCACAAAUCUAUCGUAUUUAUCAGUUAUUUAGCAUAAAACAGUCUAUUCCAGUGCCAUUCGUAAACUUUUCACCACCACUACUACUACCAUUUCGCUUUACAGUUGGAUUUCCAUGCUAAAUGAGUUAAGUUUUUAGGGUUUUUUUUGUUACCGUGCCAUGAUUGGGCUGUGUUACAUUUACAUUUAAAUUCUAUUGCAAGUUUGGAAGCACUUUAUAGCUCAGGAUUAAGGUAACGUAACACAGUGACGUGAGUGUGUCUUUACCUCAUUUGGAAUAUCAGCUUCAGUUCAAACAUACUGAGAACUGAUUACGACAAAGGACAGUUUGACUCGACUCAAUCAGAAGCGGCUGUCAGUAGGCUUUAUUGAUGACUAUAAUAAUAAUAAUAAAAAAAAACAACAAGAAAGCGGCUUCUUUGUGACAAGCUUAUUGGAGCGCAGUUUGAACUCAUCAGUUUGCUCGGUCCGUCUGAGGGGUGUUUCAUAAAGGCAGCCUGUUGUGAAAAGAAACCAGGAUGAAUCUGUUUCAUACAGCCGCUUUGGAGCUCACGUGGACAUUCAGAUGUUGUGUCUGGUUUAUUUCACGCCUUUUGAAACACAGACACAGCAUUGUUCGAAGCCACGGAGCGACGCAUAUUCAACUACUAGUAUACAGAGUAAAAUAUUACAGCAGAAGCUUACAACAUCACUGCAGCUUUCUGCUGUUUGUUUCAGAUCAGACUGACAGAAGCAGAGAUGAACUUUGCUUGAUGCUGCGCUCUGCUUGCAGCCGUGAUACUGUGGCUUCUGCAUGAAUGACAUGAACUUUGUACAAUUAGUGCUGAAAACUAACAUAAGAGGCAAAACGUAAUUGACAUUUUUCCUAAUAAAAAUGCAUCCUUUGACAGUAUGCGAUGUGAGAGGAGUCGUGGGGAUUAUUCCACAGAGGAUUAUUAUCACCUGAAUCUCGGUCCUCUCUCAGUUUUACGGAGCUUUAAAGGGAGUUUCAGCUUGUUUAACUGUCUGACCCCCCGACUUAACUGUUUUUGUUCAUUCUGCCACAGCAGCAGCAGGCAGCUGUCUUCAGUGAAAAUGCUCUAAAAACCCACUGUACAGUACCUGCACAGCACCAAACAGCAGGCAGACACAAUUAGCAACUGCCUUGUGAACAUGGUGGAACAUUUAGCAGCAAAAGAACCAGAAAUUUCCCUCAGGAGUCGGUAGAGACCAAAAACAGAGCUGAAAGAGGGUGAAUUCUGAACUUGUGUUCAUCAUGUGGACAGAAAUGUGACUUUAAACGACUAACAAUGUUGCUCCUGUCUGCCACUUUCUGCAGAUGUAAUGAAUGGAUUUCUGUGUGUUUGGUUCUUUACAUUCCUUAUGUGACAUUUAAAGCAACUAGAAACGGUGGAAUAGUUUCUUAAUGAGUUGGGUCAAAACUGUUCAUCAGUUUUAACUGCUGUGCAUUUAAAAGCACCCAAGCGGACUUAGAAUGAAGAUAUGAAGUCAGAUUUGAAUUAUACCAUUUAAUGCAUCACAUGUUGACAUGUGACCUCAAUUUUACAUGUUGUGCAGACUGUUCACAGUGCAGAGGAGCCUUCAGUGUUUCAGUCUGACAGAUUGAUUGUGACGUUCUUCAGGCCUGAGGUGAAGCUGAGCCUGAAAACUAACCUCACCAGGACCGGGUUGGUCUACACUGAUGUAGAUCAGAUGUACGGUAUUUAAACGUCCUGAGUUUCUGAGAUAAUCCUGUUUUCAGUGGUUUAUGAAACACCCCUCUGGACUCAAACAGCCGUGCCGGUAAUCGUGGAUGUAAGUGGGACCUGAGUCCUCACACAUGUCUUCCUCGUCUCCUCCAACUGUUUGUUUGUUACUGUAGCCAUAGCAGAUCCUCCUCACUUCAUGUCUAACUCAGUGAUGCCAUGUUGAUCUUGUCUCGUCUCCACAACCGAACGUUAGCUUGCGGAUUUGUAAACUGUCUUAAGUCUACGCUGAGCAACAUUUUAGCCGUGUGCUGGAGUUACUGUGAUCAACGACAACUGACGUGUGUUGUCAUGUUGUUGUUGUUUUCUUGUUUUUUGUUGUUUUUGUUUUGUUUUUUUCUAAUAAUGCCCAAUGGAUUUUCUCAUUGUAUUGACUGGACGAUGUAAUCUAUUGGUGUUGAUUAAAAUGCCCUGGUAGCUUGUGGAUUGCUAAAGUGGUCAGAUAAAUGUACUGUAUAGCUGUACAAAGAGUGAUAAAAGAUGUUUUAGAUCUUUCUUUUUUCUGUGGGUACAGCACUGUUUAAAAAAAAAAAUCAAAGUGGUUUUAGCCCUUGCCUGUUUUAACUUAUCAUUUGGUGGUGGUCUGUAUUACUUCUAUUGUUAUUUAUAUUAUUUCAAUUGUUGCCUCUCCUGCACUGGUGAGAGACUGUAGCUCUGUGCAGGGGGUCGUACUGUAAACCUGUGUGAAGCUUUGUAUUUUCCCCUCUGGUUUUGGACUCAGUGAAAGUGUGAUGUUUACAUGUACAGUUUUUCAGAAUACUCUUUUUUUUUGCAUUUUUUUUUCAGGCUAUUUCUGUUUCGCCUCACCUCAGCCCCUAAUCUGUGUACAUUUGCCCAGAUAUUUUUUUUCUUUUGUUGUUCCAUUGCAUCCAGUGCAGACGUGACCUCUUUGACUACUUGGUCACACGGUCAGAGCGGCGCCGUGACAACUGGUUGUGGUCAACUCCGGUGAUGUGGUGGCUUCCAGCAUUUUUUUAAAAAAAAGGUAAUCUUAAGUAAAAGCGAGCUUCACAACUUCUCAAAGUGGACCAGCGACGAUUUAUUAAAAGAAUCAAGAUGACUUUAAUGAGCUGUUUUAGAAUACUAUUGUGGCCUGAGUGGAGAUCGGCUGGGUGUCGGUACAUUUAUUAUACUACAUUAAGUGCUCAGAAUCUUUUAAUAUCCCGACUGUAUUGUCAGGGAAAACUCCUUGUCCUUAACCCAACUGGUACCCUGAAGGUACACUUUGACCUGUUGUAAUAUCUCCUCGGUAACAUAAAAGCCAUUCCCCUCUCCUGGCCUUUUAAGGGGAACCCAUAAACCUCAGGAAAUACUGAAUCUCCAAGUUUAGUUUUUAUCCACUGAUUUCUUCUGAAAUGAGAUUUAAUUCUCUAACAAAAACCAUUAACAUUUAUAUGAGAUGUCUAUUGUUUUGUACAUUUAUCAUUGUGAUUUAAAAGUGGAGCUUUUUCCAGUACCUGUGACUUAAUAUUUUGAGGUUUGUUUUUUUUGUUUGUUUUUUUGUUUUUUUUUUUGGAGUGUUUAUAGGUAUGGAUAUUUAUUAUUAUAUGUGAAACUACAAAAAGACAAAAGAAAAGGUUGAACCUGUUUCAUUUGUAUGUUUCAUGCAAAACUGUCCAGGUGAGAUUCUCUCUGCCUCUUACAUAUCACUUAUGAGGGACCUGUGUUUGUUUGGAAAUAGCGCUUUUUCAGUGUUGCAUCAACGCUAUGGAAAAAAAAAACAACUUAAAGAAAAAAACAACAGCGGUUUACCAACAGCAGAGUUGAAAGGCUCUCCUCUUCUCCUGAGAUGUCAGUAAUUGAAUAAAAUAGUGCGAUGAGCUAUCUAACCGGGACCU